UUGACAACAUAUUCCGCUUGAGCGCUUUAUUUGUAUCCACAAGCCGAGCCGAGAAAGGGGCUAAUUUUGGCCAGAGAGAGUAAUAAUCCCCCGCCACCGCCUAACUCUUUUACCGGCAGACAUGGCCACCGCCGUCCUCCAAAUAUCCAGCUCCCAUUUCAUUUCCGCCCGCGAUGCUGCAAUUGUCUCAAGCAAGAGGGCGUUCUCUUCCAGAUCUCCAUUAGGUCUGUUGAAUUCUGGCCGAUUUGGAACUUCCCUUGCAGCUGGUUCCACUCCCGUCUUGAAGACUUCUUAUCCGAUCAAACCGUCCCAUAGAAGAGCAUCGGUUACGGUAAGAUGCGAGCAGACUACCAAGGAAGGCAGCAGCUUAGACAUUUGGCUCGGUCGAUUUGCUAUGAUUGGCUUUGCAGUUGCUAUCAGUGUCGAAAUAUCCACUGGCAAAGGACUGCUUGAGAACUUUGGGUUAACAUCUCCGUUGCCAACCGUUGCCCUUGCCGUCACAACAUUGGUGGGCAUCCUUGCAACAGUUUUCAUUUUUCAAUCUGCUUCUAAGAGUUGAUUACUUGGCUUUUACUAAAGCAAAAAAUGACAUUGUUGAGUCACAUUCUUAUUCAAUACAUGGUCAUUCCAACUUGAGCUCUCUCUC